UCCUCGUUUUUUGCCUCCAUCUAAACUACAAGCCGGGUAAAACACAGAAGUAAAAUUCGACUAUCUUCAAACAUUUCACAACCACAGCUUUGUGGUUAUUUUAAACACCCAGCUUUACUGUUACAGGUGUUCCUAAACAAAUAUAGCGGGAUUUUUCAUUUGUUCAACUUUUGCGUAUCUUUGCUGUUUAAAAACCAGGCCACAUUUAACGCUCCUUCGUGUUGCAACAUUAGCAGGCUGGAGUGUAAAAGAAACGAAAGCCACACAAGUUUUAAAUCCUUUAUAUUAUUUCUAGUCGCUGCUCAUUCCAACCUCUUGGUUCCUGCCUUUCAGGUACAUGGCUGCUAACCCACCGGGACAAGCCAUCCCAAGUAAAGCACGAGUAGCAAUCCUGGCUGAGCUGGAGAAGGAGAAGAGGCGACUCAGGGAGAAUCAGUCCAUGAAUGUCCCAGGAGCCAGCAUCCCACUGUCCAGACCAAACAUGAAGGAGUUCAGAGACAGCGCAGAGCUGCAGCACAUCGCUGCUCAGCAGAGAGCCGCAUUACAGCAUGCUCACGCACAUUCUUCAGGCUUCUUCAUCACUCAGGACUCCUCAUUCGGAAAUCUCAUCCUCCCUGUCCUUCCCCGUCUGGAGCCGCAGUCAUGACAUUCGACGUCCUGGUCCACCAUCCUCCUGCAGCACCUCUGAAACAGCAUGAACACAACUAUUGUUCCCUUUGUUUUUAAUUGAGUCUGGUGAAAUUAGACUUAAUUGUGUUAUCUGGAGAGUCUCUCGUACAUUCUUCACAUUGGUAAAUGACAAUCAGACGUCCUGUUUUGCUCUCCAGAGAUGGCAAACAAGACACACAACACAGACAUGGUUCAGCUUUUCUGUCAUGGCACAACUCAAGGCACAUUCUGCAGAGUUUUUAAAUUUGUGUUUGUGAAAAAUUCUGGACAAUAAAAUAAUUCUUCUUUCAA